AUGGGGCGGCGCCCGCUCGCCGCUGCUUCGCUGCCGGCAGCCGCUGGCGGCUGCGCAGCCGUCGGACUUGGGCGCCAAGUGAGAAACUCCGCCCCAACUCCUACACGGAAUCUGCUGCAGUGGCCGCAGCUGCAAGGGGACGGCGAUUUCCGGCCUAUACUUAAAGGAAAUAAUUGGAGGCGUAAGAGGUCAUUGAAUCUGACGGAUGAUCCUCCACUUAGCAUAAACGAUCUUCCAAAUGAAAUUUUGUUGCAGAUCUUUUUUUAUCUAUCUGUUGAUGAUAUAGCACUUAAUGUUCAAUUUGUUUGCAGUCGUUGGUCUGAACUUGAGUUACCUUAUGAAGCAUUCAAGAAUCUUGUUUCAGAAUGUCCGAAGCUGGAGGAAAUCACUAUCGCAGGAUCUGCACUAGUAAGAGAAGAAUUGGCAGAACUUGUGGGCCAAUGGGAGUACCUGAAUGACAUUUAUUUUAUAGGCAGAUCAGACAAACCCAUUGCACUGAAGUAUUUAGCAGAGGGCUGCCCAGCGAUACAGCAUUUACACAUGCGUUAUGUUGUGUGCAGUUUUACUGAACUAGAAUAUUUCUUAGAGAAAAAGAAGAACAAGCUACUGAGUUUAAGCAUUAGCCCACUCACUCAAGAUGGCAGAUGUGUGAUUCCUCUCCUUGACAUUUGUAAGGACAGGCUGGAAAAAUGCAGUUAGAAGACAGCAAAUAUUGCUACAUUGAGUCGCACAAUUUUGGUAUCAUAAAAACACUGAAAAACUUGAAGGCCCUGAGCAUAAAAAUUCCUCGUGGUGUAAGAACAGAUGUGAUGUCAGAUAUUUUUGAACAAAAGGCAUUGUGUCAGUUACAAGAACUUGAACUAAACAAUUAUGCAGAAAUAAAUGACACUCUGGUUAACACUAUUUGUAGUAACUGCCCAAAUCUCUUGAGAUUGGCUCUCAGAUAUUCAACACGUAUUAGUGAUGAUGCAAUGAGGAAUCUACACAAAUGCAAGAACCUGGAAGAUUUUGAUUUGUAUUAUUGCACA